AUGCCACCACUUCCCUUUAAUGACAUCUAUCACCUACGGAAGGUGGCAGAAUCGAGUUCGAAGCCGUGUUUCAUAUGCUAUAAACCCACAACUGCCGUGUUGGUGUCCGAAGACGGAAAGGCGGAUUUUUUUUAUGCGUGCGAGGUCCAUUUGCAAGACUCCAAUUUCGCAACGGCCAAAAUUGACCCCGAAGUUGAACUUGCAAAGGAAAAGCAAAAGAAAUUGGAUGCCGAAAUUGAAUUGCUAAAGAAAAAAUGGGAUCAACGACAAAAAGCGAAGGAAAAAGAUAAGUCUAAGGACAGUGACAAGAAGAAGGAAGAAGGCAAGGAUAAAGACAAUAAAAACAGUGAUAAGACUACUCAAGCUGAACUAGGAUCUCUAGAGUCAGAGAAGAAGGUUCAGGAUUCAAUAGCGAGUAAAUCACCUAGAGUCUAUAUUGUGAAUAGAUCCAUUCACAACAUUCGUCUUGAGCAUUGGCGUAACAUUCAAAGGUCAAAGCAGACUCAGAAACUGCUCCAGGACAAGAAUCUGUUUCCUAAGGUACCUACACACAGCCCAUCCCCUCCUCCAGCUCCAUCUGUAUCGUCCUCCUCUCCACCGCCGCCACCAACGCCACCCAGUUCCUAA